CAUAACUGCUCGUCAGCUGUCAGCGUUUUUUUUUUAUCUACUCCAUUUCAUUCAGUAAUCUACACUACACACAUCAGUUUGUUCGAUCAAAUAUUUACAUAAUGAAAUUAAUUAGAUUUAGCUAUUUAUGGUCUAAUUAAUGUGCAGUGAAUUAUUGGUAUCGACAUUAUCAGUAUUUUGAGUUUGACUUAGCACGCAAACACAUCAAGUGCUUUACGACGAAAUUUAGUGAAACGUAAACUACAGUGGCCACCCAAAUUCCACCCACACAUAAGAAUUGUGAUUAUUUUUGAAAAUUUAAAUUGAUUGCAAAAUGAACAAUCUUUGAUAAGAUCUUGUGAGUUGAACAAAGAAAAUUUAUCAAUUCAGUUGCUCGUUUCGUCCAAUUGCCACGCAGUGUAACAGCAUAAAGUGAGUUGUUAUUGAACACAAACUACUGAAAAAACAACAACAACAACAUCGUUUUCGCACCUGGCUUUUUGUUGGAGUGUUUUAUCGAACUGCACCUGGCGAAUAUUUCUUUUUGUAUGGGAAAUGAGUUCAACAAUGCAUUCAUUGCCAUGAUGCGGUACUCUGAAAUUCCUCGUGAUUUCUCGUCGGACAGUCUUCGAUUUGUCGAAAUCUCCGAAGAUCAGCUCUGUCACAACCUCAUUGACGAAACACCGUCGCCAAGCAGCGAAACUUCAUCAUGUGGACCUGGCCUACCACUGAUCGCCGACACCAAACAUCAGAACUAUGCAAAACCGAAUGACAUCAAGAGCAAAAGGAAAAAUUCGGAUGGAGCGCAAUUUGUGGGCACAGUGCAUUCAGCGAAUGGAAGCUACUACAACGACUCUAUGACUGACUCAGUACCACCGAAUAAAACCCAAAGUUUACCCAUUAAUGCAACGAUCAACGGCCUAGAUUCGAUUAUACUCAGUGCUCUGCGAGUAUCGGCUGAAGAGCUGGCAGGACAGAUUACGUUGCUGGACUUUCCGGAAUUCGCUGCAAUUCAACCAGAUGAGUUGACCAGUUGUGCCUGGACGAAAAAGAACAAACAUGUGGUCGCACCGAAUAUCGUCGCCUUCACCAAAAGAUUCAAUCACACGAGCUUCUGGACGGUACAGGAAAUACUCAGCGGAAGUACACCAAAGCAUCGAGCAGAAAUUAUUGCUCAUUUCAUCAAGGUCGCCAAAAAGUUGUUCGAAUUCAACAAUCUCCAUUCACUGUUCGCAAUUGUCUCAGCAAUGCAAACAGCCAGCAUUUUCCGACUCAGCAAAACGUGGACAUGUCUGUCCAAAAAAGAUAAGCAAACGUUCGAUCGCCUUGCCGAUAUAUUCAACGAAAAGGAUAAUUGGGCAAAUCUGCGAAAAUAUUUGGAAUCUCUGAAGCUACCGUGCAUACCGUAUUUGGGUCUGUUUUUGACCGAUCUGGUGUACAUUGAUUUGGCACAUCCGUACACAUCUGGCUGUGGCCUUGAAUCAGAGCAGCGUCGCACUCAAAUGAACAACAUUUUGCGAGUCAUUUCCAGUUAUCAGGGAUCGAAUUACACUCACAUACCGAACAUCCCAACGACACAGAAAUAUCUUCAAUCAGUUCGAUACAUCGAAGAGUUGCAGAACAUUUUUGAAGACGAUCAAUACAAGAAAUCUCUGAAAUUGGAACCUCAAACAGUUCCAUCAUCAUCAUCUUGCAGUUCCAAAGAAUCGGUGGUUGCACCACAGCACAACAGCUAUCUGGAUCCGUCAUCUUUAGCUUCAUUGAACCUAUCGCCGGUGAAAUUAUCAGGAUCUGUACGACUGUCAGCGACCACUGCUGCAAAGUUUAUUCCGUGCCACCGGAAAAGUCGCUCUCUUGGCUCCAAUUUUCGGAGCAUUAGUCUACCCAGAAACUUUCAUAAAAAAUGUCAUUGUUCUCCUGCUGCGGGAUCCUCAGUGCCGAUAACCCGGUGCAAGUGUAGCAUUUUUGGCAAAAAUCACUCACAAGUCGGCGCAAUCGAAAGCUACGAUAAUCCGCUUCAUCAGUCAAGACAUUUGUUAGACGAUUCGGUUAUCGAAGAUAAGUGCGGAGCGGGUGCUGCCGGACCUGCGGACGGAUUUACGAUUCAUCAAGCUAGCGGCGAUCACUCUCUAUCAACUCCCGUCGGAUUCCAAGGAUGUGUCCGUCGGAAGACCAUGCUGAAGGACGGUCGAAAACCAGCGGUAGCAUCAUGGCAACGAUAUUGGUUGCAGAUCUGGGCAAAUUCGUUGGUUUAUUUUGCACCAAAAUCAUUCAAGGGUACAGAACGAUCUGAUUUUAAGCGUGAACCGUGUAAAGUAAGCUCGUUGGAUGGAUGGUCGGCACAAUUGAUGGACAAUUCACAGCAAAUGAAUACAUUUCAAUUGAUUAAUACGUCACUUGGCACCGUCUACAAGUUCCGUACGGGUUCAGCGAACAUGACAUCGUUGUGGUUAGAAUCAUUGGGACAAGACAAAUCGGAUAAGACUCAACUAGGCAAUACCAAAAAGCAAUUACCAAUCAAUUUAAUGACAUUCGAAUAAGUCCCCUUGCUAAAAUAUAUUUGUACUUUGCUAAAUUAAUGGAAAAAUAAGUCACAAAAAUUAUUAAUUGAAAUAAAAUUACUCGGUCUACAGAU